UUUUAUGAUUAUUUAUUACAGAUGAUGGCAGAUGUAAAAACACAACGUCACACCCACUGUGACUCAUGUUACAAGCAGUGGUGCAAUGCGGAGACUGUCGAGGAUGUAUCGUGUCUCAACAUCAGCUGUCCACAAGAAUGCGGAGGCCGGCUACACUCAUGCAAGAUGUCCGAUCAUCUGACUCGCUGCCCAAAUACCAGGAUCGAAUGCUACAAUAGCAUCAAUGGAUGCCCUGCCACCAUGACACGCAAGAUGGUCCCGUCACACCUCGUCCAUUGUCCAGCUUUUGUUGUUGAGUGUGGACUGGGGUACAGAUUGGAUGAAUUCACACGCCACUUCACUUCUGGUGUUGAGCAUGACCACCACUGUGCACCCAUCAUGGCCGUGAAGAUUGCCAGGAAACAAGCUGCGGAGAAACUAGGCGAGAAAGCGGAGUACGACGCCAGCAUCCCUGACGUCUAUACCAUCCCGACAGAGGGAGAGCUGGCCAAAUCGCUCGAGGACAAGAAGAAGAAACGUGCAGAGGCCUUAAAAACUCAUGGAAGUCUUCUCCUGAAACCUGGAGCGAAGAAAUCUAACGACGAUCUAUGCGAAGUGCCCUGGCAGAAUACAAAACGACUCUUAUCAGACAAUGUGGAGCCUCCAAAAACUCCAACCUCACCGGCUGAAGAUUUGGAAGUGCCCCCUAUGUCGCCCACAAGCCCCCCUCCGGAUUCCCCCUCGCCGAAUCCAAGUCUUGAAGCUCUCCCGUUUCCCGUUCUGAAGCAUAUUGGGAGGUUGUUGGACCCCAGAGACCUUGCUUCUCUGUCUGUGACCUCGAGGUUCCUUCGUCGGGUCUGUGCUAGCUUGCUGCAGGAGUGCGGCAUGGUCACCUUCGGCUGGGAUAAACAAGUCGAUGACACUUGGGUUGUGACGCAAAAGAAAUGGCAGUUUGCUACAGAUCUCCCCAGCUCCGGCAACGAUUGAUGAAACCUGAUCCUGACUUUCCUGGAAAGACUUCAUACCUCCUUAAGUCUUCACUGGUAUUUCUGCAACUUGAUUGGGAAAAUCUAGAAAAACACAAAAAUAAACAUGACAGUCUAUUCAGACAAGAUCAGGAAGCAUUGUUCUGGACCAAUAUAAAAAAUAAACACAUGAAGAGAUUAAUGAAUUUUUAGGGACAUUAGUUUCUAUUUAGUUAGGUUAAUGAAUACCUUAAGUCUACUUAAGAGCUUCUUGUACAGUAUUUUUAAUAGUUUCAAAUAACUUUAAGGGUAUUAAUAAGAUAGAAUUUGCGUCGGGGUGAUGUAAAUUCAACAUUGGGUUUUGCCCUUACCGACUUGUUUUUUUUAUAUUCCAUCUUAUGAAUUGUUUGGUUGCGAUACCCGCUGCUAUAUCAGAUUCAAACCAGCAAGCCGACCCUGACAAGCUCAAUGGUCGAGUGGCAAGACGUCUGCACUAGCAAGCAGGAGGUUGUGGGUGCGAGUCCCACUUGAGUAAUAUUUUUAUCCCACAAUCACUCGGACAACACCUUAGUAUACAGUGUUUAUAAAAAUACAUCGGUGAAGGGCAAAAACCCAAUAUUGAACUCGAGGGGUAAUAAGGUGAAGUUAUUCUACAUAGUGAAUGCGUGGACUCUGUCCUGUUCAUAGCAUGCCCACUUUCCGAAGACAAAUUUAAGGGAACACUUUAUAUGAGACAGAUUCCCCUUUAUCACAAGAUGGUUUUUCAUAUAAUGUUUUUGUAACCCAACGAACAACUUUUGCAAAGUCUGAUAAAUUUUAGACCAAGACAACUUUUCAUGUCGUUUUCACAGUGAAUAUAACAUUAAUUGCCCUUUCCUUUUGACUCCCAGGUUUUUAGUGCAUUUUUGAAGAGUUUAUUUCCAAAACGCGAUAUAUUAGAAAAAAAGUGAAAAGUUUGCACAGUUAUGAAACUUUACAGGAUAAAAACGAUAUAGCAGCCUUUUCUAAACCUCAUUUUUCGCUUUAAAGUAUUCUUAACUUGUGUUGAACUAUAUAACAGCCGUCAAAACUGGACAGCCAGGACUUGAUUCUGUAAGUUAACAAAAUGGCAUUUUAUCACGUUUUGGAAAUGAAGUCUUCAUUUUCUCCAAUCGAUAUUGUCUUAAACGGCAAAUAGUGGUACUGGUCACUUUUAGACAGUUAUAUGUAAUAGUACGCAUGUACAUAGUUUUUGUCAAAGAAAAACUAGAUUUAUGGUGUAUAUUAUACACUUAAAUAGAUGGCUAUUUAUGUGGUAGAUUUUAAAGGCUGCAUUGCCAACAUUUCUUGUUUUAUUGUAUUCUCAGAAAUCAGAAUGUAUUAAAAAAAAAAUUCGCAGACCGAGGAUUAUUCACGGUAUUUUACAAUGUAAUAAUAAAAAAAUAUUUAUGCAGAUUAAUAACUCAAGGCUUAGUAAUGAAAAUAGAAUGUGCCAAGUUUUAUAACUUUCAGUAAGCCUCUGCACUGAUGACGUCACGCUUUGUUUACAUGUGUGCUUUCCUAUGGUGCUCAUUGGACCGUGGGCCCCCACUGGCUCCAUAGGAAAGUGCACAUGUAAACAAAGUGUGACAUCAUCAAUACAGAGGCUUAUUUGAUUUUUUUCAUAACUCAAAUAAUCUGUAGGUUUUGUCACUACUAACUGAAUUUUUUUCUAAUGAUUUGCAUAUUAACAAUAAAAGUAAUAUUUUGGUCAGUUCUGGUCACUAGUGUAUCAGUGUGAGGGAAAAUUAACUCUUAACUAAUUAGGAACAUUUUCUUUAUAAUUUAUAUUCUGUGAAAUUUUAUUUUUAGUUAGGAAAUAGUGAAGUGCCUUUUUGUAAUUUUAUUUACAAUUUAUUGAAAAGAGAAUUAUGCAAUAAAGAGGAUUGGUUUUAAAAUA